AUGUUCGCAUACAGAAAGCAGCCAUGGAAAGCACUCUAUCUCACCUUUCAAUUGACGAGCUUGCUCGUGCGCAUUCCUUUGUGGUCGCUAUUCCUCCUGAUUCCUCGUUUUCGCCCGUGCUCUGAAUGGUCGUUUGCCCAUGCCGUAAUGGUCUUCGCGAUAAAGCAAGUUACUGAGAUAUUCUCAAACACGGGAGAAUUUCUACCAGUUCCCGACCAUAGGACCAUUAAGCCUGCAACAAGAGCUAAAGGUGUCUGGGUUGACGCUGCCGCCCACGCCAUCGUUGGGGACCUUGUACACUGGGCCUGUAUCGCGGGGGUACAACCGGAAAGGAUCCCGGGCUACUGGCAUCGUCGUGUAGGCGUCAACUUAGAGCACGACUCACCCGCGCAAAAGGGUGAAAAGGUGAUCUAUCGCAUCCACGGAGGGGGGUUCGUGCAGCUCUCCGCUCAUCCGUCAGAUUUUGCUGCCAACAUCGACCGCUGCCUAAUUGAACAUGUGGAGGCUGCUCCACGGUCGUUCUCAAUCGAGUAUCGUCUUGCAUCUGCCGCACCGUUCUCGCAGCGCUUUCCUUUUCCUGCGGCCUUGCUUGAUGCUUUAGCUGGGUAUGUUUACCUGGUGAAGACAAUCGGGUUUGACCCUUCCAACAUUGUUGUCGUUGGAGACUCAGCGGGCGGGAACAUCGCGUUUUCACUGGUCCGCUACCUUGUCGAGUAUCGCAGCGACAGCGGUGGAAAUGUACCUGCACCUCCAGGGAGCCUAAUUCUUCUGUCCCCCUGGGUUGACCUAAGUACGUCUCACGAGAUACCAGGCUCAUCUACACUCGUGAACACAACGGACUUUGUCGGCCCCGAGAAUCAGACUCGAAACUUUUAUUCCAAAGUCGCGUAUGCCGGACCUCUUGGGCUCGAGUUCAUUACAACCUCCCGCUAUACCUCUCCCGCUUGCUUGUAUAGUUCCUAUCCUUCAAAUUUCUACGGGUUCCCUCGGACACUUCUUGUCUGCGGCAAGCUUGAGAGAUUCAGAGAUGCGAUCCGCACCCUGAAGGAGAAGAUGUCAUCCGACAUGGGAGAAGGCGAUGGCGAUGGUCAAGUGACGUUACUUGAGGUCGAAAAGUCUGUACAUAACUUUCUCAUCUUCAACUGGCAUCCCCAGCGUGACCGUACGAUUGCCUACAUUCGCAAGUGGCUACAGUGA